AUGGACAAUGAUUUAGUUCACGCUACAACGGGGAUCUGGGUGUAUGCCUUCUUGAGUCUGCUCCAGCUUGGACUGGCACCUUAUUGGCUGACAGCACAAGUUCAUAUCUCGCGAGAAGAAGCACAACCAACAGUAAGGGUGGAGGUAAUUAAGGUAGCUGAGGAUGAGUUGAUGAGCAUCAAACCACUUAAGAUAUUCAGGAUUGGAGGUGGCAGGCACAUCACCAGAGGCAACUACCGCAAGAAUCGGGGUGAGCCCAAUUGCAUAGACUCUUUCGACGUCUCUUUGGGCGGAGGAGGAGCUGUAGAAGCCGCGGCCGUUACAGUUGGAGAGGAGGGAAGUGGAUAG